UUUUUUAAAUUCUGUUUCAUAUUAUCUAGGAUGAGAUCUUUGUUUUUCUUCCUUGGAUAAAAUAUAAACUUACUUUUUUCUAAUCAUUUUUUUAAACUUUCAAUUUUCAACCUUAUUAAUCACAUUUAUAUCAGUAUUGUUUGCCGAUAGUCAAGACUAUACCGCCGCAUGAGUGUCCCAAAUCAAAGGAAGUCAGUGACUCGAACUUCUCAUGGGCUGUUGAAUCAAUAUCACAACCCAGAUGGCCAGAUUUCAAACCCACAAUUUUCUAAACAAGAAUCGCAAAUGGGACUCUCUCAUUCGAGGCCUCUGUGUGAAGCUCAAAGACCCUGAAAAGGCGCUGCUAAUAUUGCAAGAUUGCUUGACAAAUCUCGGUAUACUCCCUUCUUCCUUCACUUUUCAUUCACUCAUUCACAGUUUCACCUCUCAGGGGAAGAUGAGUAGAGCAAUUGAGGUGUUGGAGUUGAUGACACAUGACAAAGUCAGGUACCCAUUUGGGAAUUUUGUUUCUAGUUCUGUAAUUUCUGGGUUUUGUAAGAUUUCUAAGCCACAACUGGCUGUAGGGUUCUUUGAGAAUGCCGUGAAUUCGCGGGUUUUGCGGCCGAAUAUCGCAACUUGUACUGCACUACUGGGUGCUCUUUUUCAGUUGGGGAGAGUUAGGGAGGUUUCUGAUUUGGUAUCUUGGAUGGAGAGGGAAGAAUUCGUGUUUGAUGUUGUGUUUUAUAGUAGUUGGAUUUGUGGGUACUUUAGGGAAGGGGUUUUAGUGGAGGCCAUACGGAAACAUAAAGAAAUGAUCGAAAAAGGAAUAGCCCCGGAUACUGUAAGCUAUACUAUACUCAUAGAUGGGUUUUCUAGGGAAGGGUAUGUGGAGAAGGCAAUUGGGUUUUUAGAAAAGAUGAAGAAAGAUGGGUUGAAGCCCAAUUUGGUGACUUAUACAGCCAUAAUGCUGGGGUUUUGCAAGAAAGGGAAAUUAGAUGAAGCGUAUACCUUGUUCAAGAUGGUGGAAAAUUUAGGGAUUGAAGUGGAUGAAUUUAUGUAUGUGACUUUGAUUGAUGGGUUUUGUACAAGGGGGGAUAUAGAUUGUGUUUUUGGUCUGCUCGAGGAUAUGGAGAAGAGGGGGAUUAGUCCAAGCAUUGUUACAUACAAUUCUAUUAUUAAUGGACUGUGUAAAGCAGGAAGAACGUCUGAGGCUGAUGAGGUCUCGAAGGGUAUCGCUGGAGAUGCUGUUACAUUCAGUACUUUGUUGCAUGGAUACAUUGAAGAAGAGAAUGUAAAGGGGAUUCUGGAAACAAAAAGGAGAUUGGAAGAAGAUGGAGUUUGUAUUGAUCUUGUUAUGUGUAACACAAUUAUCAAAGCUUUGCUUAUGGUGGGGGCACUUGAAGACGCUUAUGCAUUUUAUAAAGGAAUGUCGGGAAUGGAUUUAGUUGCAGAUUCUGUUACUUAUUGUACAAUGAUUAAUGGGUAUUGUAGAGUGAGUAGAAUAGAAGAGGCACUUGAGAUAUUUGAUGAGUUUAGGAAGACAUCAAUUUCUUCAGUUUCAUGCUACAAGUGUAUGAUUUAUGGGCUGUGCAGGAAAGGCAUGGUAGAUAUGGCCAUUGAGGUUUUUAUUGAACUCAAUGAGAAAGGCUUAGAAUUGGUUUCAGGCACAUAUACCUCAUUGAUUAAGGCAAGUUUUGAAGAACAAGGUGCAGAGGGAGUCCUGAAGUUUGUUCACAGAAUUGAGAAUUUGGGACGAGAAGCAUUUGAUACUAUAUCUAACAGUGCUAUUUGUUUUUUGUGCAAGAGGGGUUUUUCCCUGGCUGCAUGCGAAGUAUACAUGAGAAUGAGAAGGAAACAAUCAGUUGUUACAAGCAGGUCUUACUAUUCGAUUUUAAAAGGACUUAUUAGUGAUGAUCAAAAGGGACUAGGUUGGCCUUUCUUGAACACCUUUCUGAAAGAAUAUGGCAUAGAUGAACCUAGGGUGAGCAAAGUACUGGUACCUUACAUGUGCAUGAAGGAUGCUGAUAAAGCCCUUUUCUUUCUUACUAAUAUACAAGUGAACACUUCAGCUGUUGCUUUUCCUGUUUCUGUACUCAAGUCACUUAAAAAAAAUGGUAGAAUUCUGGAUGCAUAUAAACUUGUCAUUGGUGCUGAAGAGAACUUACCUGUUAUGGAUUUAGUUGAUUACUCAAUUAUGAUUGAUGUCCUUUGCAAGGAAGGGCAUCUUGAUAAGGCCUUAGAUCUCUGCGCUUUUGUCAAAAAGAAGGGCAUUGCUCUUAAUAUUUAUGCUUAUAAUUCAGUUAUAAAUGGGUUGUGCCGCCAAGGUUGUCUUGUUCAAGCAUUUAGACUAUUUGAUUCAUUAGAGAAAAUUGAUUUGGUUCCAUCUGAAAUUACUUAUGCUACAUUGAUUGAUAGUUUAUGUAAAGAAGGGUGUUUGCUGGAUGCAAAGCAGUUGUUUGAGAAGAUGGUCAUUAAGGGCUUUAACCCAAAUGUACGUGUUUACAACUCAUUGAUUGAUGGCUAUUGCAAGUUUGGUAACAUGGAGGAAGCCUUAAACCUUCUUAUUGAUUUAAAGGCAAGAUGCAUUAAGCCUGAUGAGUUCACAGUAAGUGCCUUGAUUAAUGGCUAUUGCCAUAAAGGUGACAUGGAAGGGGCUCUUGGAUUCUUUUUUGAGUUCAAAAAGAAAGAUAUUUUACCUGACUUCUUGGGUUUCAUGUAUUUAGUAAGAGGUCUAUGUGCUAAGGGCAGGAUGGAAGAGGCCCGGGGCAUCUUGAGAGAGAUGCUUCAAACACGCUCUGUUUUGGAGCUGAUAAACAGAGUUGACACUGAGAUUGAAACAGAGUCAGUAGAAAGUUUUAUUAUCUCUUUAUGCGAGCAAGGAAGUAUCCAGGAGGCCGUGACUGUCCUUAAUGAAGUUGGAUCUAUAUUUUUCCCUAUAGGGAGAAGAUGUAGACCUCAAAAUAGAGCAGAAAAAGAAGAAAAGAUUUAUGAAGGGGUGACUUUUGGUGCUGUUUCUUCGAAGCAUUCGAGCUUAAAUCAUAAAAUGGAUUUGGAUGUUGGACUGUCUAAUGUGAAAAAAGUAGAGAUGGUGGUUGAUGAUUAUGAUAAUUCUGAGAAAGGAUCUAGAGUACCUGACUUCGAAUCCUACUAUUCUCUAAUUGCUUCACUCUGUUCGAGGGGGGAGCUACUGGAGGCUAAUAGAAAGACAAGGCAGAUGCUUUUGGAUAUGGAUACAGGCUGUUAGGAAAGCUGUAGUACUAUUGGCUUCUUUUACCAGCAUUGUAGUUUUCUCCUUUUUCAGUAGACAAGAAGCCUUGCACUUACUGCCUUGAGGGCCGAAGUUCUCAUGCAAGUCUAUUAGAUAGAGGGGUUCCAUAGGAAGGAAAGCCACAAAGAUCCUCCCCCAGUUACCAAACUGGUCAGGUUGGCUAUUCUGGACAAAUUUCCCAAAUGUCUCCCAACUUGGGUCUUCUGAAUCCUUCCACGGACUACUUGCUUAAUGAAGAUCAAGAUGUUGAAAGUGCUUAGAGGCCAAGUUAGGGAGGCUUGGACAACAACUUUUUUGACUAGGUAUUUUUUAUGCACUCUUCCAAGAUUGAUCCAGAUUUAUGUAAGAUCAAUCCAUCUCCUGGCUAAUUUCGCAAGAAACUUGGGAUUUCAGUAGUUCUAUCACAUGUACAGGUCAUGUUCUUGCUUCUACAGUUCUCAUUUUGGUCCACGUACGGCAAACUACAGGUACUUUUUUCUUUUAUGGUGCAUCUGAAUAUUGAUAUUUGUGUUUGAGGGCUAAUGGUGUUUUAACCUACAGAUUUUCAAUUUCACAUAAAUCUUCUGAUGGGUUUGAGAUCCCGAAAUCCUUGGAUUUCAAAUUAUACCAACUAGGUGGUGCUUCAAAAAACCAUCAUGUCAUGAGAGGAUAUGCAUCUCUGUCUACAAUGUUGCCUCAAUCUCUGUCUCUCUCGCAUAUGACUAUAGAUUUUCAUAAGCAAGGCCUGCCUUUUGUUUUAAGUUCAGAAAUCUUCAGAGUCCCCAUUGGAAGUUGAAGGUGGAAGAGGGAAACCACCGGCUUCUUCAACCGGAUGACUUCUCCAAAUCUUCAUGUUUUAGUUGGCUUCCCAAUGGAUUAUGGAAAGUAAGGGAAAGCAGGAAAAAAACUGUUCAAUAUUAAUGUAAUUCCUUUUUUUUAUGUAGAAUGAAGAAUUUCAAAAUAUAUAAUUAAAAAAAAAUAUUUUUGAUCUUAUUUUACAAACAA